GGUCCGUCUGUUGUCUACUGAUUUCUUGAAUAUAAGCACGAUUUCUAAUAAUGUUAUUUCUGGGUUUUUGAUUUAUUGUGAAAGUCUCUCUGAUUCUACUAUAAUUUCUGUGAGUUAAGAUAAGAUCCCAGAAAAUUUGAGAGCUUUUCUGAAGUGGGUUUUACGAAUUUUAAUUAUUUAAGGAUCUGCUUUGCUUAAGUUCCUUAUUUCGACAUUUAGAACACUGUUUCUUGAAUAAAUCGUUGAUAGCAACUCAUCUCUUUAAAUAAAAUUAUUUAUUUGCAGAUAGUUGUGGGGGGAAAAUUGAAAGUAAUCUGCUGAUAUAAUUCUUGAUACAAUUCAAUCAAUUACGAUUUCUGUGACUCAUGAAAGAAUGUUGAACCAAAAGAUUUUUUAUUAGAUUUCUUAGAUCUCCUUGCUAAGGCUCCUAAGAUCCUUUGAUCUGCUGUACAUAUAAAAACUUCCAAUCUUCAUUGGUAGUGUUUAUCAAAUAGUUCAACGAUGACGACUGGAACCCUUAAACCAUCGAAAGAAAAAAAGUCGAGGAAGAGCAAGCGAGCAGUGGUUGUCAAUGAAAAAUCUCCUUUAUUGCCCACCAAGAAGCAUGAGGCUGAUGGUGGGUUUGAUGAGUUCGAUGGGGCCUCCUUUAGUGGGGCAGUGUUUAAUUUAUCAACCACGAUUGUUGGAGCUGGAAUCAUGGCAUUGCCAGCUACCAUGAAGAUUUUAGGACUUGUCGUUGGGAUUGCUAUGAUCAUCUUUAUGGCAUUCUUGACAGAGGCAUCAAUUGAGCUGUUGCUUAGGUACAGUAGGACUUCAAAAUCAGCUUCUUAUGCAGGUCUUAUGGGGGAUGCUUUUGGAAAGUAUGGCAGGAUGUUGAUACAACUCUGUGUGAUAGUCAACAACAUCGGUGUGCUUGUUGUAUAUAUGAUAAUCAUAGGCGAUGUGCUAUCCGGAACCACUUCAAGUGGAAUUCAUCACGCAGGUGUUCUUGAAGCUUGGUUUGGACAGCACUGGUGGAAUGGAAGAUUUGUUAUUCUGCUUUUCACUACCCUAGCUGUAUUUGCGCCAUUGGCCAGCUUGAAGCGAAUCGAUUCAUUGGGAUACACAUCUGCUUUAUCAGUUGCACUGGCUAUUGUAUUCCUUGUCAUUACUGUGGGAAUUACUAUCUUCAAGUUGAUAAGUGGAACUGUUUUGAUGCCUAGAUUGUUUCCUAAUGUUACGGAUCUUACAUCAUUCUUCAACCUCUUUACCGUAGUUCCGGUUCUUGUGACUGCAUACAUCUGUCACUACAAUGUUCACUCAAUAGACAAUGAACUAGAGGACAAUACACAGAUAAAGCCAGUUGUGCGAACAGCCCUUUCUCUCUGCUCAAGUGUGUAUAUAUUGACUAGUCUCUUUGGAUUCCUCUUAUUUGGUGAUGCUACACUUGACGAUGUACUAUCCAACUUCGACACGGAUCUCGGAAUUCCGUAUAGCUCCCUGCUUAAUGAUGUAGUUCGAGUUAGCUAUGCUGCGCACUUGAUGCUUGUCUUUCCUAUUGUUUUCUAUCCACUGCGAAUAAACUUGGAUGGCCUCCUCUUUCCAUCCGCAAGGCCUCUGAAUUCAGACAACUUAAGGUUUGCAUCACUCAGUAUUGGGCUCAUUGCUGUUGUCUUUCUGGGGGCAAAUUUCAUACCCAGCAUAUGGGAUGCUUUCCAGUUUACUGGAGCAACGGCUGCAGUCUGCAUAGGUUUCAUCUUUCCUGCUGCAGUUGCUCUCAGGGAUCGAUAUGGCAUAGCGACGAAGAGAGACAAGAUCUUAUGCAUAUUCAUGAUUGUCCUUGCCAUCUUCUCAAGUGCUGUGGCGAUAUAUAGCGAUACCUAUGCCUUGUUCAAGAAGAAUCCGACUCAGAGAGAAUGAUCUCUUUUUGCUCAAGGACGUUAUUUCGAGGCAGGUUUCAAUAAAUACCUCUACUUCUGCUCAACCUUAAAUGUUGAGCAACAUUUCUAAAACUGAAGUUCAUGUUACCUGACUCAGCCUGUAUUGUUGUGUUACAGUGUCUUUUCAUACAUAUUGUAGACUCAUUGUGUAAAUACUUAAAUGGGACAAGAAGUUCUAUAUCUAUGCAUUCUGUUUCCCUUGGUUUGGUUCAUGAUGUAAUAAUUAUUUUGACAAAAACAAUUAGUUUGCCA